CUUCUUUCUUUCUUCCCGCUGCAGCCGAACAACAAAAAAAAGGGGAACCCAGCCAUGCUUUGAAAAACCGGUGAGAUAAGCUUGAUUUCUCCUUCUUUUCUUGCUCUACAACACAUGUAGAACCCAGAAAUUUCCCCCACCCCUCUGCAGAAUCCGGAUCUGCUCUGCUUUGCUCUGUCCUUCCGCCGGCUGCUCCUGCUUUGUGGGGGUGAUUUGCUCCGGUUUUGGGUAAGAAACAGCUACCAAUUCCUUUGUUCUUCCUUAAAUUGGCUUGGGUUUACUCUAAAUCCCCUUGAUUUCUCCAAUUUCCGGUGGAUUUCCCUUGAAUUUCUCCUACACUUGCCGCCGGCUUCUCCCCCUGCCAAGUCCGGUUCUGCAGCUGGAAAAUUUAUGGUAGAUUUUUUGGAGAACAAUCCCGUGAGAAUAGGCUAUGGUUUUGGCCAAUUUUUGGAAGUGGGAGUUACUGUUUCCGUCGUGGUUACUGUUCACGUCAUGGUUACUGUUUACGGGUUACUGUUCACACACUGAGGGUUAACAAUUAACGGGGAUUUAAAUGGUUAGUUUGUGAUAUAAGAACAAAUUUGGAGAUGUCUGAUAAUGUGGAGAUUGAUAGAAAUAGCAUUGUGAUUAAGAGUGAUCUUAAUAAUGAUUUCAGUUUGAAUUUGUGAUAGUGCGGUAUUUAUUUUUGGAUAUUUUGAUUAGGUUCCUGAUUGUUUUGUCAGUUAGCACUGAGAUCGAGUCUUCGAUUUUAUGGAGUGAAUUUUCUAUGUUAUGCGAGUGAGGUAAGUAAAUUUAUGUAAUGCUC